AAGAUCUUGAAAACUUCAGAGAACACUAACGCUUCUUCCAUCCCUCUCCCUCUUUCGCCAUGAAUCCAGAACCGAAUCAACGCCAAUGCGCAGCUUGCCAGGAGCUUGAGCCGCCGUUCAUCCUCACCGUCAUCAAAGGCAACCUCCUCCGCCGACUCUGCCCUGACUGCUUGCUCAAGGAGCAUCGCAACCUCUUCUGCCCUGUUUGUCUCGACGUCUACGCCACCGUCCCUCCUCCACAAGCUAGCAUCACCUGCCUCCGCUGUUCUUCCACCACUCACCUCAACUGCGCUCCUCCCCCGUCGCCUUCCUCCUCCUCCUCCUCAUCCUCAUCCUCCUCCGACGGUCAUCUCUUCACUUGCCCGCCAUGUUUCGACCCUAACUUCUCCUUCUUCCCCAAGUCUCUCGCCACGAGCUCUACCCAAAACGAGGCGGCUCUCGGCAUGGAAAAGGCCAAGGCUCUCGUCGCGGCGGCGGAGAUCGCGGUGGCUUUGGCCAAGAACGUGGCGGAGAAGUUGGAGGAAGAAGCUGUUAGGAAGAGCAUCGAAGCUAAAGACGCCAAGGAGAAAGCGAAAGAAGCAUUGGUGUAUCUUGAGGACGUCAAAGACAUAGCUUCGGGGAAGACUAACCCUAGGAAGAGGAAGGCCGAUGACCGCCGCUGA